AGAAUAUGGAGCCGCAGGAUAUGUAGAAUGGAAAAAGAGGAAAGCGCAGGUCUUUUGUCUGAGGAUUUGUCAGAAUGGAGAGAACUAAUUGAGACAACUGCGUGGGAAGACAUUGAUUUUGAUAAUGUGAUGAGAGUGAGUGAAGCGCUUGAUGCUGUUGGGGCUGUGAAAGUGUUUGUUAAGGAAGCAAUGGAGAAAAUGGGCCCUUCAUUUCUGGAAUACAUGGCUGAGACUCUUGGGAGAGAGAAUAACAGUAGGGAGUCUCUUCCAUCACAGAAUGAAGAAGACCAGGGCCAAAUUGCAGGGAAGGUCUCAGCUUUGCCAAGUUAUGCCCAAAUGCCUACCCAUCCAAACAAUGACACAGUGUUGAUGCUGAUUUUGUUAUUGAUGAAGUUUUGUGGAUUUUUAAUCUGGUCAAGCACAACUUUGAAUAUAUCGAGCAACUUGUAUAAGAAAGAAGAUACUGAUUUUUUAGAACUCCCAGCCCACCCCAUAUUCAAUUAUUGGGUCCGUCACCGGAAAAAAGGAAAAUCAGUGGCAGAGCACAAACAUCUUGCGUGUAAGCGCAGAGUUACCCUGGACGGGACAUCUAGAGGAGCUAAGGUUGAUGAUACUGAUAGUUUGAGAGCUGAGACAUCAAACAGACAGUAUAGUUUAGUAGAUACCCCUGAGGUCAAUAUUGCACAAGAAGAACUUGUGAAAAGUUCCUUGGGUUUGCAAGCUGUUGUCAUGGAUCCACUCCCAAAUGCUCUACUCGUUGCUGCAAAUAUUGAUAAUCAACCUUCACAAAAAAAUCGUGAUACCACUACUCCUGUGGUUAGUUGCUUUGGCGGUGUUAUUCAAACAAGUGAGAGAAAUAUCAGUAACCAGAACAGCCCACGUCAGGUUAAUCCGUCCAAGCAAAGGUUGAUGGAGCGGAACAGUACGGCAAAUGUAUUUGAGUGGGAUGAUAGUGUAAAUGGCUCGUAUGAAGGAUCACCCAGACGUGAAAAGAGACCUAAGUUACCAAGUGUAGAAAAAAAGGAUGUUUCCCCUUUGCAGGAGUAUCAAAUGAAAAAUUUGAAAAAGAGGAGAAAAUUAAAAAAGUGGAGCUCAAUAGAAGAAGACACAUUGAGGACAGGUGUUCAAAAGUUUGGACGGGGAAAUUGGAAACUCAUUCUACAAGCUUAUGGAGACAUUUUUGAAGAAAGGACAGAGGUUGAUUUAAAGGACAAGUGGAGGAAUAUGAUGCGAUAGGGAUGUUCUCUGGGAUAUUCUUUAUAUGAAUAAUGGAUUGUGUACUCAACAUUUUAUUCCAAGCUGAUGAUUGGUUCAACUCGUGGCACCAAUCCUGUUGGGGAAAUGGCUGAUCGAUUGUAAAGUUGUAAGCCAUUUAUGGGUCGUAGUUUGAUCCGGUUUGGCUGGUUGACUGGCUAAAACGGGCGUUGGUAAUGCAGCUGCCUUGACAUCGCCUUUUCAUAAAAAAAAUUGUUCUGCCAGACGCUGCAAGUAAAUGCAUUUUUGUUACUCCAAAUUUGAUAGAUUGAUAGAUGUAAUAUUAUACUCUCUCUAUCCUGCGAUAGGUGACAUUCUAGAUAUUUUACGUAGAUUCAUUAUGUAAAUGACUCAAAUAAUAAGAAACUUUUCAAAAAGGAAUGUGUCAACUGUCAAUUACUGCAGAACAAGAGAGUAUUUAUCAAAAAAGAA